GGCAGAAGGCCACCGAGGAUCGAUGACGUAGGCCUUAGCCCUAUAGUAAACAAGCCGCGUUUGAUGUUGGGUGAAAGCGAGUGAAAUCUGUCAUUAAAACUUCUUCUGAACUUUCCUCAAGUGUGAUAAAGCUCAGAACUGAGUGAAAUUAGGGGCACACUCGGAAUCUCCACUUUUGAGAAGGAUGGCCAGCUACGUGACGAAGGAAGUGGGAGGGUGUGGCGUGUUAUCAAAAUGCAUGAGACGAGUGAGGUGGAGAAUAGAACAGAGGCUGAUAACCUUGUUAGAGGGUGACAUGAAGCAAAACGUCACUAGUUUGUGCCAGAAAGUGAGAGCAAACCUACUCGAAGACAUCCUCUCCAUUACAGAGUUAGCCAAAGCUAAAGUGUCAGGUUUCGACGAGGUGGACGCUGCUCGCAUCCAGAAGUUGGUUGAUGUCAGUGUGAUGGAACCUUUCAGGGAAAAGAUAUCUGCUGAGGUAGAAAAAUACUCCCAGGAGGAGCAAGAAGCCAUCAGGGAAAACUUGAGAGAGGAAUAUGUGGACAUGCUGUUGGAAAAUUACGCAUCUGCACUGAAGAAUGUCCGCACAAGAGGGGGCAAUAAUAAUGCGGCCAAUGACAAGUUGCGGGAGGAGGUGUCUGAAUCGAUAGACGAUUUUCUGAAAGUGUGCACAAAGCAGCACAUGAUUUUCAUAGUUGAAGCAAAGAUUUUGCAAGGCGUCGCGAGUGAUUUGACGAAUCACGCUGCCAGCCUUAUGCUAUCUGCCAAGAACACUUCUUCAGAUGGAGCAGAGAUCAGUGAGCCAUCUUCUGAGCUUAGAACGAUCAUGCUAAAAGUGAUGGACAAGAUGUUACGAAUGCUAGGAGCAGAGUUGCUAACAAUGACUCGUAUUUUUAGGGAUAUUGUCAUAACCAGGGAAGUUGCAUUGCAGAAGAGGGACAGUGAGGGUUCCUCUAAAACUCAGUACAGCGAAGAUGGUCUUGAUGUGCUUUUCAGUCAGUGUAGAAUGCUAGUUGCUGACAAUCUGGCGUCUUUGAUCAAGAACUCCUACAGUUCAGCUCUUGGAAACAGAGGUAGUUUGUCUGAUAAACCAGCGAGUGAAGGGGAAAUAGCGAAGCUGAGAUCUACGAUUGAGAGGGCAUUGAUCGAAGGUUUGUUAAAGGAAUUUAAAAAUGCUAUGAUAGAAUCACUGUACGCUCUGAAGGUGGUUUCUGUAACACGUCACAUGGUUAAUCGUACCUUGCCCAAAGAGGUAGAUUCAGUGAUUGAGAUUUGCUUUCCAAGGGACAUUGGAGGUGGUGUGUGGCUGUGCAGGGCUGGUGAAUAUCCUAAGGUGCUUGUGGGUCGGUUUAAGGAAGCUGUACUGAAUUGUUUGUCAGGAGAAUUGCUCUGUCGAACAUAGACCUAUUUUCAGUGGGAAUAUCUGUCAUUUUGAACUCAGUCCUCAAAAUAUUUCGUACUAAGAUUUUGCAAAUUUUUUUUAAAGAUUCAAGUAUUGU